UAUUGAAUUAAAUAUCCCCACCUUAUCGAACUCCAUUCACACCACACAUUAUCAAACGAGCUUCUCCUCUCUCAGUCAAGGCGUCAACGAGCUGCUUCUUGUCUCCACCGCUGUCGCCGCCGCUCGCAUCGCACGAGCUCCUCCGGCGCCGCUCGCAUCGCACGAGCCCUUCCGACGCCGCUCGCAUCGCGUUGCUCCCUUCGUCACCAUCGUCGCAGAGCCCUCUCCGCUGCUCUCGUCGCGCGUCUGCUCCCUUCAUCGCCAUCGUCGCAGUGCUCUCUCCGCCACACAGUUUGUUGCUGGAUCUCAACCAGUGAAUGCUUUGGCAUUUGUUGUUGAUGGACUUUAUUACGGAGUAUCAGACUUUGGAUUUGCUGCAUACUCUAUGGUUCUAGUUGCACUGAUUUCAUCAGUUUUUAUAUUGGUCGCUUCUCCGGUCCUUGGACUUCCCGGAGUGUGGACAGGAUUGUUCCUUUUCAUAGUUUUGCGUGUUCUAGCCAGAAUUUGGAGCUGCUUGAUGAAAGUCCCAGCAAUGGAUGAAUUGGUUAAAAUCAGUAUCCUGUGUUACUGCAGAGUCAAGGGAAGAGAACUAAACUGGGAGAAGAGAUAUGACAUUAUCAUUGGGACAGCUGAAGGAUUGGUUUACCUGCAUGAGAAUUCAAAAACUAGGAUAAUUCAAAGAGAUAUAAAAGCCAGCAACAUCUUAUUGGAUGCUAAACUUCGCGCCAAAAUUUUAGUUUCCGAUUUUCAGGCAAAGGUGGAAGAUUUUCUGGUGGGUUUAACAUCAGUGUUAUGCAGAAGGUUCAAUUCUUUAUUAUGUCUUCUGUGGAACUGGUGAGUUUUCUUCUUUCUUUAUUAAUAGGUGAUGCUUCAAUUCUUCCUUAUGUCUCUGUGGAACUGUUGGUCAACUUAAUUGAAGAUUCGAAGAAGCCUGUUGUUGCGGCAGUACAAGGGCUCGCUCUUGGAGGUGGCUGAGAGCUUGGCCUGGGAUGCCACUCCCGCAUUGCUGCUCCAGGAAGUCAACUGGGACUGCCAGAGCUGACACUUGGAAUCAUUCCAGGAUUUGGAGAAUUGAUUGAUGAGAAAAUCAAAGGAUACAAAGCAGCCAAAGCUCACAUGCAAAACACCAUCUGCACCCAAACAAUCUUUCCCAAGAAGUUAUAAAAGUUGGAAUGGGUAAUUGAAAAGGCCAAGAAGGAAAAGCUUAAAUAGAAGAGAUGAAAUGAGGCUUAUGUUAGCUAUUAUGAGAAGGUUAAAGCGUCAAGUAGUUCUAGUGCAGUUCCACUACCACCGCUACCGCCGCCACCCUCAAUGUCUUUGGAUGAGGACUAUGAUGAUGAUGAGGAUGAAGAUGACACUGAAGACUAUAGCUGAUAGUUUUAGUAUGGUUGAACAAUAUACUAGGAAUUAUAAUUGAUGAUCAAUACAUUUUGUUUAUGUUUUGAAUUAUAUUGACUUGCUUGUUUAUAGUACUU